AUGGCACCGAGCCGCGUUGACAAAGACAUCACGGCAAACUACCAGCUUGAGAAUUUGGAGCUCGCAACCGGUGGGUUCGGCAAAGUGUUCCGAGCCACCGAUCGGAAGCACCCAGAGCGGCGUGUGGCAAUCAAGUCGAUGUUGCUGGCAAGCCAGCGCCACCACCAGAUCUCCGAGAAUGAGGAGAAGCUCAUGAAGAGUUUGGACCACCCGAACAUCUGCAAGCUCUUCGAGACGUACCAGCGGAAUGGUCUCAAGUACUACGUCAUGGAGCUCUGUGAGGGCAAGGACCUCUUUGACUACAUGUUCAGUCUCGACUCGCCACGGUUGGGAGAGCGGAUGGCUGCAGGGAUCAUCCAGCAACUGGCCAGCGCAUUGCACUACGCGCACGACAAGGGCAUUGCCCAUCGCGAUGCACAGAAUGACAAAGAAACAUAUCCACACCGUGUACAGGUCAUUGAUUGGGGCGUUGGCCAUAAUUUCGGUGCCUCUCGCAUGCGGCACUUUGCUGGCACGGUGAAGUAUUGCGCCCCAGAGGUGAUGGAGGCAGACAACUUGUCGAGAUGCUUCUCCUCCUAUACUGCCGCUUGUGAUAUGUGGAGCGUGGGCGUUUUGAUCUACGUCAUGCUUGCCGGGAAUCUGCCCUUUCACGGCGGACAGAAGGAUCUUCUCAAGAAAAUGAAGAAGGAGCAGUAUUCGAUGGCCGGACAGGUCUGGCAGUCUACAUCGCGAGAUGCCCAGGAUCUGAUCAAAGGUCUCCUGAAGGCCGAUCCUACAAUGCGUCUCCGCCCCAAGGACGUUCUCCAACAUGCCUGGAUUACGCACAGUCACAGGUACUCAGAGGUGUCCGCGCCCGUGGCACAGCAAGUCCUCUCCAACAUGAAGACGUUCAGCGAGUUGGGCCACUUCUACUCCAUUUGCGUGGCAGCUGUGGUUCGGCAGCUGAGCUCCAAGCAACUUCAGGAGGUGCACUGCAUCUUCUGCAGCUUAGACCGCGACGGAAACGGCGUGCUUUCCAUUGAUGAGGCAGAGGAAACACAACCCUCUCAAAUUCGCCCCCGCAUCGCUGGCUCUGACAUGGUUGACAAGUGA